AUGGCUGACACUGAAAAUGGAGACGCUGGGACUGCGCCUGCUGAGCCUCAAGCCCGUCAUAUAGUAUACUGUGGAGUGUGUUCUCUCCCUCCAGAGUACUGUGAAUUCGGCGGCACAAAGAAGAAGUGCGAAGAAUGGCUAGAAAAAUCACACCCAGAUCUCUACCAGAAGCUAUAUUCAGAUGAAACAAUCGCCGCAAACCUCUCCGCAUUAUCAGUUGAAGCCCGUGAGCGAGCAGCAAAAGACGCCGCUAAGAAAGAAGCCAAAGCUGCCCAGGCCGAGAGCCGUGAACAUGAGAAGAAAGCUGCCUCCAAGAUCCUGAUCAGGCGGGUGGAGCGUAAUAAGCGGAAAUUCGUCACUGUUAUAUCUGGCCUUGAGGCACAUGGGUUAGACAACAAGAAGGUGGCCAAGGGACUAGGCAAGAAGUUUGCGACAGGAAGCUCGGUGACGAAGGCUACUGGUGCUGCUGCUGCAACUGGAACAAACGAGGAGAUCACCGUACAAGGAGAUGUCAGUGAGGAGGUGAUGGAAUGGUUACUAGAUAAUUACAAGGAUGUCCCAGAGGACAACUUUGAGUUGGUGGAGGAUAAGAAGAAGAAAUCCGGGGCUGCGGCUGGGGCGCCUCCUGCUUGA